CGUUCGUCGUGCGCUUGGGUGCUGUUCGCGCAGAGUGUUUCUCUAUCGCGUAUAUAGUCCGCGUCCCGUCGGACAAUCCGAGUUACGCCCUCGAUAAACCCGCAUCAUGGCUCAGUACACGGGUCCUACCCAUCCUCACGGUCCGCCGAAGCAGUUUGUGCUUUGCUUCGAUGGCACCGGCAACAAGUUCGCAGGUGACGAGUCUGAUAGUAAUGUGUUGAAAAUCUUUCGCAUGCUGGAUCGUAGUCAGAGCCAUCAAUAUCACUACUAUCAACCCGGAAUCGGCACCUACGUAACCACCAAAUCGCUCACCAGUCAUGGUCGCAUUCAACGCAUCAAGUCCUGGUACCAAAAGGCCAAGGAUUCAGCUAUCGGCUCCUCGUUCGAUGAGCAUGUCAUGGGCGGCUAUAAAUUCUUGAUGCGAUACUACUCCCCCGGCGACGAGAUCUAUUUCAUCGGUUUCAGUCGCGGCGCAUACAUUGCGCGAUUCCUAGCCGAGAUGCUGGAUUAUAUCGGCUUGCUCGAAGCUGGAAACGAAGAGCUCAUCCGUUUCGCCUGGAAGACAUUUGCCAAAUGGCAGCAGCGUGCAGGUGACAGCGACGCCGAGAAGGAAGAGAAGAAGAAACUCUUCGAGUAUAUGAAGGCCUUCCGGGAAACCUUUAGUCGUCCGAUUUCGCGCAUCCGCUUCAUGGGUCUCUUUGAUACCGUCAACAGUGUACCUCGUUUCGAGAACGCCUGGAUGCAACGCAGCAAGUUCCCUUACACUGCGCGCAGUUCCGCCAAAGUCAUUCGUCACGCCGUUGGCAUUGACGAGCGCCGAGCCAAGUUCCGCCAGGAUCUCAUCUCAGGUCCAAGGCAGCAUGGUAAGCACAAGCGACACCGCCAUCAUCUGGAUCCGCGUCGCUUUGAGCACCAUUUGAUGAACCGACAUGCGGACGCCCACCACCACCUACACGUUCGCCAUCAAGAUCAUCACGAGGCUACUACCGAGCCGGAGGUCCCUGCCAUCACGGUGAACGACAACGGUGAGCUACCCCAAAAUGGUGAUGCAGAGCCCGGUACAGCAGCGUCCACCUUUGACGUCCCCGGAUGGGGUCCCGCCGCUGGCGAGUCAUAUUACCAUGCCCCGCGCUACCACUCACCAGCCCCGGGUAGCGAGAGCAACGCAGGGGAGAAGACAAGCCAACGCUACCGCGCACCAUCUCCUCGACGCACCAGUCUCGCCGUGCCAAAGCCCGCCCCCUCAGUCGACGACCUCCAAUCUGUCUGCAGCGGCCAUUCCGGCAACCUAUCGAUCCAACUCCCCAGCCAAUACGACGAAGAAUCCGAGGAUGAAGACGACCAGGACAUUCACGAGGUAUGGUUCCCAGGCUGCCACGCAGAUAUCGGCGGAGGCUGGAAGCUGGGAGGCGGCGAGAUGUGGGCUCUCAGUCACGCACCCCUAGUCUGGAUGGUGCAGGAGGCAAAAAGGGCUGGUCUGGAGCUGGACGAGCGCAAGAUGAAGCAAUUCCAGUGUCUGGAAGAGUUUGAUGGCGACUAUACACCCAUCCAGGAGGACCUGGCAGCGCGUCGGCCCAGCCAGUGCGUCGAGGGUCACGGCGAUAACCGGGAUGCCUUCCGGAUUUCGCCUGAUGAGAAACAGCGCUCUGCUGCGAGUCGAGAUUUCUGGCAUGCAUUGCACACUUCCAGCACGAAGGGUUCUUUACACGACUGCUUGAUGUUCAAUCAAGGUCUACCAGCCAUGUCGGUCAUCUCGUGGCGGAUCAUGGAGUGGCUGCCCUUCCGACGGAUGGAUCUGCAAGAAGAUGGCUCAUGGAAGCCGAUUUGCUGGCCACUACCGCGCGGCGAGGUGCGCGAUGUACCACUCGACGCGGAGAUUCAUGUAUCGGCUAUCCGUCGCAUGCAAGCAGACCCUAAGUAUCGCCCCGGCAACGUGAUCGUUGGUGGCGGUGGUCGUGGUGUGCGUGUUGCACCAGAAGCGUAUGGUAUGGGUGAAUGGAUCGUCCUCAAAAAUGAGGGCGACGGUGUUCGCGAGACUUACGUUCGGAAGAGCGUGGCAACCAAGUGUAGGGAAGCACUGGAGCAGAAGCAAAAGAAGGAGUGCUGUGCGGUGCACUGAUUCAAGCGUUAUGUCUUGUUGAGUUCUGAUGAUGCCGUUCACCUUAAUACCUUCUUCAUGUACCCCACUCUGUACCUGCUAUACCUACCCACAUAGUACCCCAGUUAUUCCCACACAGUUGUACCAAAUGGAUAUAUACCAAUCCUGU